GUUCGUGGAGUUUUUGAAAGUGGUCUCCUACUACAAGAAGAAGGAGCUCCAGCAAGUUCUGCAAAACAUGUUCACGGGAUCCUUUAGUUUGAGCCUUCAGAAGAAUAUGACCCAGCGGCGUUUCUCCAAGGCAGGUGAGCUAAAGCGCGGCAAGUCGGAGUUGCCCUCCAUGCUUUUAAGCUCGGGGCAUUGCCCCUUGCGACAGGACAGCGGCGUCCUUCGCAGCACGGAGGAAGACGAGACGGAGUUGAACCUCUGGGGGUUCUCCAAUUUGAUCUCUGAGUACCGCCGGGAGAUCAAUGAUGAGGUGAGGCGAAAUCACGGCUAUACCCCAGGUGAAGUGGAAGAGUUGAUGCAACUUUUUCGUGUCUAUGACCCGGAGAACCAGGGUGUGAUCGCCAAGCGCCAGCUGAGACGACUUCUCUUGGAUUGCGUGCCGCAGGCCGAGAAGAGCCAGGCCGGACGCGAACAGAUCGCCCAGAUGAUCAAGGAGAGUGAUGCGGAUCGCUCUGGUAGCAUUGACUUCCAGGAAUUCCUCUUGCUGAUGCGUUUGGUGAGCAACCGCUGUAGCCGAGAACGAUUGGCAACUUGGGCUAAGAAAUUCAUGGCAGCUUUGAUUCCCCUCAUGCGGAUGCUGCCCGGAUGGCGACUGGCUAAAAGGUGGCCCUUUUCAAAGCCCGGAUCGGUGGUGGCUACCCACUUCAGUGUCCGCGACCUGCGGGAAUUCCGCAAGGUCUUCAAAUCCUACGCAACAAACAGCAGCGGCGACAUGAGCUUCGAAGAGCUUCAGAACAUGCUGGGCAGCAUAACCCGAGCUGCGCAGGGCGCACGAGGGAGCCAGGAAUUGCUUGAAAUUCUGAGGAGGUACUCGCAAGGUGACAAUGCGGUGGACUUCCCUGAGUUCUUGCAUGUGAUGCGGGACUUGGUGGCACACAACUGGGGGAACAUCAACGCCUUGACGGCGAAAGCCCCACCUCCGGAGCCAACGCCGGAAGUGGAUGCCCUGCUGCCGCCGCCGGCGCCGCCGCCUGAGCCGCCUGAUCCGCCGGCCGAGGCAGAAGCCCAGGACUGUGUGAUCAGCCCUUUGGGCAGUCUGUCAGAAGUGACGACCGCAGUUGUCCCGAAUGGGACCGCACAGCACAAGGAAAAGAACAAUGUUGCCGUUUGCGCCAACAGUUGGGUGCGGCAACCCUGGGAAUGCGUGUUGGAGCAGUGUUUCAGCAUGGAUCCCCCCGUAGUCGCUUCAUGCAAGCCUGAUUGCUUCAAGACUGCAAAGAUCUUGCGCCAAACACAUCCCCUGGGAAAUCCUCUCUUUCGAAGUUUGAAAUUUUGGAACGCCAUGGCGGCCAAAUCGUUGCCAGAUAUCCUGGAUUUGGGCUUUGUCGCCUUGAAACCCCGUGUGGGUGAAAACGGCCUUGCCGAACUGGUGCUGCAGGCGGCAGACAAUCCCUUCACGCAAGAUGGCGUGGAACGGAUGACGGACUACAUUGAUGUAUUUCUGGAGUACAACUUGGUGAAGAAGGGCUUCUCCAUUGUUUACGACUUGCGGCUGCUCCGAGUGCCCUCGUUGAUGUUGGUGAAGCAACUGGCGGAUUGGGGCCGAGACCCGCAGCGCCAACAGACCUUUCAGCGUCUGAACCGGAUCUGCAAAGUGGUUGUCAGCGAGGGCUGGCGCAUGGGCGUGGCCAAGAAGAUCCUUGGGGCGUUCUUUGCCAUGUGCCCACCGGUGUGUGACACCUACCUACUGACAGCUAUCGACCAACCUGCCUCUGAGGGAAUGUACUUCGCACCACCGUCCACAGGCACCAAGUGUGGUUCGGAACUGCCAGGUCAGACUGAGACCCACGAAGAGUCAAGCUGGACUGCACCGCGAUGGUUGCAGAUGGCUGUGGACUUUGUGGCGCAGCCGACCACCGGGCCGCCCUUGGUGCAUGCGGCACACUACUG